AUGUUGCUCCUACGGUCGCUGCGCCUCUUCCAGGUGGCGCGCCCCGGAAGCCGCCGGGCGGGGCCCGGUCUGCGAGAGCCGCCGCCGUCAUGGCCCUGGUUUCACAGCGGGCCCACGCCGGCCGCCUCGCCGCCCAGCAAGGAGCUGCUCGUGAAGCUGCGGCGGAAAACGGGCUACUCCUUUGUGAACUGCAAGAAAGCUCUGGACACGUGUGGUGGGGAUCUCAAAGAGGCAGAAAGUUGGCUCCACCAGGAGGCCCAGAAGGAGGGCUGGAGCAAAGCUAUCAAGCUCCAUGGGAGGAAGACCAAGGAAGGCUUGAUUGGGCUGCUGCAGGAAGGCAACACAGCUGUGUUAGUGGAGGUAAACUGUGAGACAGAUUUUGUUUCCAGAAAUUCAAAAUUUCAACAGUUGGUCCAGCAAGUAGCUGUUGGAACCUUGCUGCAUUGUCAGAGCCUUAAGGAGCAACUCCCCACAUACAGUAAAGGCUUUCUGAAUUCCUCUGAGCUCUCUGAACUUCGAGCUGGGCCUGACAGAGAAGGCUCGCUCAAGGAUCAGUUGGCCCUAGCAAUUGGUAACCUGGGAGAGAACAUGACUCUUAAACGCGCUGCGUGGGUGAAGGUGCCCUCUGGGUUCUAUGUUGGCUCUUACAUCCACGGAGCAUCGCACAGCCCCUCGCUCCACAACCUGGUGUUUGGGAAGUAUGGGGCCCUGGUCGUCUGUGAGACAUCUGAGCGGAAAGCGAACCUCGAAGACCUUGGUCGCCGCCUCGGGCAGCAUGUAGUGGGCAUGGCCCCACUCUCUGUUGGCUCCCUGGACGAUGAGCCUGGGGGAGAAGCAGAGACCAAGAUGCUCUCCCAACCCUAUUUGCUGGAUCCCUCUAUCACGCUGGGACAGUAUGUGCAGCCCCAGGGGGUGUCUGUCGUGGACUUUGUGCGGUUUGAGUGUGGUGAAGGGGAAGAGGCAGUCGAGGCUGAGUAGGUCCCAAAGACUCAGGGCCCGGGAGGAAGUGGGUGUUGGUAACUGUGGACAUCAAGGCAAAAGGAAGCUGAUUCCUAAGCCUCUUCAAACCCAGGAUUCAUUUUUUAGUUUAUAAAAUAAUGUUAAAUAAAAUUGCUUAUAGAACAAA